AUGCCAUCCCAACGACGCAUGAGGGCGCUUUUAUACAUCGCCUUGGCCGGCUUCAUUACGUUACUCUUCUUCACCUCACGUGCCCGCCAUGCACAAGAGCCCGACCCCCGCUCGAUCCAAGAUUUUUACCACAAGACCAAAAGUGCGAUGGAAGGGUCAAGGAUAGGCGGCGGCAGUAGGAGAGGACAGGCCGUGGUUGGGACACAGAAGGUCGAGUUUGACGAGGACGACGCGAUCGUGGCCAAGGCAAUGCAGGAGCGUCUCAGGAAAGCAGAGCAGAUGGCCAAGAGCAAUGCCAACGCAAAGGCGCCCAACAAGCCCGACGAUCCGGAAGCUGUCGUCGGCGUUGGCAGCUCGGCCCAUGGACAGAACCAUCUCGGCAAGGGAGACUCCGUCGAGACCGAGGAGCACCACGCGAUCCUGGAGGAACUUAGGAGCAUUCUCAAGAAGUCACCAAUCAUCAUCUUCUCCAAAAGCUAUUGCCCGUACUCGAAGAAAGCGAAGAGCCUUUUGCUGGGUGACUACCAAAUCGACCCUGCGCCCUACGUCGUCGAAUUGGACCAACAUCCAUUGGGCCCCGGAAUCCAGGCUGAGCUCGGCGACAGGACAGGAAGGAAGACAGUUCCCAAUAUUCUCGUCGGCGGAAUAAGCAUAGGAGGCUCCGACGACAUUGCCAAGCUUGACCAGGAGAAAACACUGAUCGAAAAGAUCAUGUCACUAGCGGGGAAGCGACUCACAGUGACAAAUCACUCCAAAUCGACUUAG